AUGUCUUUACCAAGAACACCGCCACCUUUAGAAGCUCCAACUUUAAGUCAGGAGUCACUUUGCCCCAUUUGUAAUAAGAUAAUGCUAGGAAAUCAGGAGUGUAUGAUAAUUACAAAUUGUAACCAUAAUUUUCAUAGAUGUUGUAUCGAACAAAUUUUAUCAAACACGGCUGAAUGCCCUACGUGCAAACUACCUUGCGAUCUGUCUAAUUUAAAGAAUCAUAAUUUCAAUAGUUUCAAUAAUUUUCCAAAACCGUCAAAACGAGGUCGUCCUCGAGGAGCUAUGAUUGGGAGACCUACGACUCGUAGUCAAAAUAAUCAACGUUCAUUGUUGGAAUCUAGUACUUAUGAUAAUGAUGAAGAACAAGCUAGAAUACCGACAGAAACUUUUCCUUCAACACCUACCCAUUCGCAAAAUUUAAAUAACCGACAAACCUCAACAAGAAAUAAUCGUAGGCAGAGAAAUACAAUAGAUAGCGAUCAGUUGAAUAACGUGAUAGAGAAUACUCUGACGAGAUUACUUACUAAUUUGAAUAUAUUACCAAGUCAGCAUUUUCCUAUCAAUCCCAAUUUGAAUUCACAUCCUAAUGAAAGACAGAAUAAUGUUAAUUUGUUAUCUAAUCAAAACUUUGAUAAUUUUAAUCCAAAUCGAGAAUCAUAUCGUAGAAAUGAAAAUGUAUAUAAUACCGUAAAUCAGCCUAUGAAUGGUAAUCUUAACUCAGGUUCACAAAGUUUUAAUAGUUUUAACAUGAAUACUGAGAAAGUCACUUCGAUCAUUCAGAGUUGGAAUCUUAGAUUUGAUGGCUCGUCAGGUCUGAAUAUUGAAGAAUUUCUUUAUAGAGUAAGGUCACUUACUAAUGAUCAUUUCAAUGGCAAUUUUACACCAAUAUGUAAAAAUUUAAAUAUAAUUUUAAGUGGCAAGGCCAAAGAUUGGUAUUGGCGCUACCAUAAGAGUGUCGGAAAUAUUAAUUGGAAUGAUUUUUGCGAGGCUAUUCAGUGCCAAUAUAGAGACUUUAAAUCGUCUUACGAUAUUAAAGAAGAACUUCGAAAUCGCAAACAAAAACCAGGAGAAACUUUUGACUCCUAUUUUGAUGCAAUUUCUUCCAUAAUGGAUAGGUUACCAUCUCAAGUCCCAGAAAUGGAGUUAAUUGAAAUCUUGACACGCAAUUUACGCCCUGACAUACGUCAAGAAAUACUAUAUAUACCAGUACAUUCAAUCCCACACUUGCGUAAACUUGUGCAAAUGCGUGAGUCAUUUUUAAGUGAAGAACAUGUGCGUAGAAAUCUAGCUUUUCGUUCACAAAAUCCUAUGGUACCCCGUAGACAUAUUGCCGAAGUAAGUGUACCUGAUAGCUUUGAUAGUACAGACUAUUUAAAUGAUACUAGUCAAGCAGAAGUUAACGCAGUUCAAAGUUCUGACCGGAUAGUUUCCGGACCCAAAACAGCCGGAAAAGUAGCCAUAACUUCUGAAAAUGAAAUCAGUUCUAUACCAAAUGAUUCUGAUAAAAUAAACCACCCUGAAAAGACACUAUUAAAACCUGAUAUGAAUGUAAACACUAAUUUCACCCUGACUAUUCUUAAAAAUAAUGUUAAUAAAUGUAAAACAGAAGAUAUUUCAAAAAUUAUAUAUCCACUCUUGCCAUAUCACGAAAGAUUGCAAAAUUAUAUAAGAAAACGUAAUGAAAUCUUUCAAAAUACAUCAGUAACAUCUAUUGUAAAGCCCAAACCUAAGCGAUCAACGAUUCGUCUUCGUUCUCAUUUCAGAAUGCGUAAAAUGUGUAGCAAAUUUUUAAUUUCUACCAUAAUCAAUAACCCAACUGACAAACGAUUUUAUGCAAAGGUCAACUUUUUAAGUUUUACUGAGUAUGGUCUGAUGGAUACCGGUGCUAACAUCUGUUGCAUUGGAUCAGAUUUGGCUAAAACAAAUUUCACCUCAUUUCCAAAUUACUAUAAAUGUCGAUCAUUUGUGAAAACUGCAGACGGAAAUUCACAGUCGGUUACAGGUUGGUUAGAAGUGGAUAUUAGUUUUAAAAAUCAAGUGAGAAAUCUUAAACUUUUUAUUAUUCCAAGCAUAACUCAAAGGCUAAUUUUAGGAAUUGAUUUUUGGAAUGAAUUUAAUCUUAUUCCCAAUAUUGUAGAGUCUGUAGAUCUGGUAGAUAUGUCAAUGGUAAAGCAAUGUCAUCUGUCUGAAAAUUUAGAUAAAAAGUCCGAUAUGUCAUUCGUUAAUAAAGAAAAAUCUGAACAAAAGUCUGAUGAAAUAUCUUAUCCAUUAACUGCAAUCCAACAGCAACAAUUAGACUUGAUUAUAGCGUUGUUUCCAAAUUUCGACCAGCAGGGACUGGGCAGAACAAAACUUAUUAAGCAUGAAAUCGAUGUGGGCGAGUCCAAACCCAUUAAACAACGUUUUUACCCAGUUUCCCCUGCUGUGGAGAAACUAAUGUUUGCAGAGUUGGAUCGCAUGUUGGCUUUAGGGGUAAUUGAGGCAUCUCAAUCUCCAUGGAGCUCACCCAUGAGGUUGGUGAUCAAACCUAAUAAGGUCAGAUUGUGCCUCGACGCGAGGAAGUUAAAUUUUGUCACCAAGAAAGACGCGUAUCCCUUGCCGUCCAUUGAGGGUAUAUUUGCUAGAAUUCCCAAAGCCAAUAUUAUAUCUAAAUUAGAUUUGAAAGACGCGUAUUGGCAAAUAGGACUAACGGAUGAAUCCAAACCGCUGACAGCUUUUACCGUACCCGGACGCCCCCUCUAUCAGUUUGUGGUUAUGCCCUUCGGGCUAUGCAAUGCCCCGCAAACGAUGUGUAGGUUAAUCGAUGAGAUAAUUCCCCCAGAUCUUCGCAAUUCAGUAUUCGGCUAUUUAGACGACUUAGUUAUCGUUUCAGAAGAUUUUCAGACUCAUCUUUCAGUAUUAGUGCGAGUGGCAGAGCAAUUCCGAAAAGCAAACCUCACGUUAAAUAUAACUAAAAGCAAGUUUUGUGUAACCACAGUGCAGUACUUAGGUUAUGUUAUAGGUAAUGGUGGCAUAAAAACUGACCCCGAAAAAGUUAGUGCCAUUGUAAACUGGCCAGUACCCAAAAACAUUAGGCAGGUGAGGGGAUUUUUAGGUCUAGCGGGCUGGUAUCGUAGGUUUAUUGAGAAUUUUUCGAGCAUAGUUUUUCCAAUAACCGAAAUACUUUCGACAAAAAAGAAAUUUGUUUGGACACCAGAAGCGCAGGCUGCUUUCGAAAAUAUUAAAACAUUAUUGACUACUGCCCCUAUUCUAGUGAACCCUGAUUUUAAAAAGAAAUUUUACCUGCACUGCGAUGCCAGUAACUUUGGUAUCGGAGCUGUAUUGAUACAGUUAGAUGAUCAAGGACAAGAAAAGCCCAUAGCAUUUAUGAGCAAAAAGUUAAAUACCGCUCAGCGAAACUAUAGCGUGACUGAGCGUGAGUGUUUGGCUGCCCUGGAGGCCAUAAAACGGUUUCGUUGUUACCUCGAACUUCAAGAGUUCGAGGUCAUAACGGACCAUGCGAGUCUAGUUUGGCUAAUGAGGCAGCCAGACCUCACAGGACGUUUAGCUCGAUGGGUGUUCAAACUCCAGUCCUUUAAGUUUAACAUUAGUCAUCGAAAGGGGAAAGAAAAUGUUGUCCCCGACGCACUGUCUCGGAGUUUAGGGGAAGAAAUCAAUGCACUAUCUAUUCCCGAACCCGAAAUUGAUAUAAAUUCCCCAUAUUUUGGUGACUCAGAUUAUCUAAAUCUUAAAGAUAAAAUAUUGAAUGAACCACAUAAAUACCCUGAUAUCAAAGUGAAGGACAAAUAUGUUUAUUUGAGAACUGAGCACUAUAGUGGAAAUGAAGAGCAGGAGGAAAAAUGUUGGAAGUUAUGGAUACCACAUAGGCUUAGGAAAGAUGUAAUCACCAGAGCGCAUGAUGAUCCAGUGUGUUCACAUGGAGGAAUGGUUAAAACUCUGGAAUUGAUACGGCGAAAUUUUUUCUGGCCCGGCAUGGUUAAGGACGUUCGCGAUUAUGUGAGAAACUGCGAGAUCUGUAAAACAACUAAAGCGCCCAACUUUAUAUUAAAGCCCGAAAUGGGAAAACAAAUGGUUUCAACGCGCCCUUUCCAGAAGUUAUUUAUCGAUAUACUUGGACCGUACCCAAGAAGUAGAUCUGGCUAUAUUGGACUUCUUAUAGUCCUUGAUCACUUAACAAAAUUCCAUUGGUUAUUUCCACUGCGAAAAUUUACAUCGAAAGCAAUUGAAGAUUAUCUUAGACAACAAAUUUUUCAUGUCUAUGGGGUGCCCGAAAGUAUUGUGAGUGACAAUGGCUCCCAAUUCAAGGCCAACGAUUUUAAUGCCUUCCUAACUAGUUACGGAGUUAAACAUACUUAUACGGCCGUUUACUCGCCCCAAAGCAACGCGUCCGAGAGAGUUAACCGUUCGGUUAUUGCGGGUAUAAGAUCUUAUCUUAAACAUGACCAUAAAAUGUGGGACGAGCAUUUAAGCCAGAUAAGUUGUGCACUAAGAAAUUCUUACCACCAAUCAAUCCACUGUAGCCCUUACCAUGCUGUGUUUGGAUUUGACAUGGUCACCCAUGGCAGUACCUAUGAGCUUUUAAAUAACUUACGUUUGCUUAAUGAACCUACAUAUCAAUUGUCUCGCGACGAUAACCUUAAAUUAAUUCGCUCAGAUUUACAAAAACACAUCAAAGCAGCUUAUGAUGCCAAUCAAAAAACCUACAACUUGCGUGCUAGACCUCAAAAUUUCCAAACCGGCCAAAUAGUUUUUAGACGAAGCUUUGAAAAAAGUAGUUGUGAAAAACAUUUCAAUUCUAAAUUAGCUCCGUUAUUUAUUAAAUCUAGAGUGAAAGAGAAGCUUGGUAAUCACUAUUAUGUCCUGGAAGAUUGUAAUGGAAAACUGAUAGGAACUUUUCAUUCAAAGGAUAUUCGUCCCUGA